UUGUACACAAUUACAUUCAAAAAAACAACGAGCGUCAGUACAUUUUCAGCACUUAUAAGAUCUCGCUCACCUUUGUUCGAAAUCUUUCCUUCGAAAGACAGUGCCGGCUGCGACACAAUGUCUCCCUCUCUUAGCCCACUCUCGGAGCUCGACCCGAAUGUACCACAAUCGCCAGAGAAGAGCAAAGCUAAAGGCGAGACCAAGUCCCUCGAGUAUCACCGACAAGUUCUCGAGUCGCGCUUGAAAGAGAGCAAGAAUCAGCAAAGCUAUGUUUCUCCUUCCGACAACAUCAUGUCUCCUGCUACUGCGAAGCUCGCCGCAUUCAAGAAUCGUCAUGUCAAAAGUGUCAAACCACGAGCUCUAUUCGCAAAGGCGACAAGCAAUGCGGAAGCAGCGAAGCAAUCAUCAAGCACAACUUUAACCGAGCGAGAGAAGGCAAAUGAUUCGUAACAAUCGUUCCUAUCACGGCAGGAGAACAUCAGACUGCUGUCGCUGUAGAAGAUUUUGGUUGCAUUUAAAUGGCGUUCGGGUUAUCAAUAGGUCUUUCAAGAGACGACUCAUUACGAUGAAACUUGUAUUUUUUGUCACUUUUGGACUGCAAACUUGGUAUGAUUGGGGGUAUACAGGAACAUCCUCACGCAAAUACCUGGUGAGACACUUGAUUCUAGAGGGCUGCUAAGCAUAUUUCAAGCCGUCUUCGUAGGUAGAGCAGUUUCGACGCUGGAAUAAUCAAAUUGUUAUUCUACGCAAAUUUAAAGUUGCACAUGUUCUG